AAGGUUCAGAUUGAAACAGAUAGCUGUACAGAUACUCCACCAAAGAAAAAACCUACGAGACUAGCAAUUGGUGUUGAAGGAGGGUUUGAUGUGGAAAAGAAAAAGAUCUCCUACAACUGGACAAUGGUGUCAAAGUUCCCCCAAGAGGCUGGAAGUGUUCAAAAUGUGAUUUAACGGAAAAUUUGUGGAUGAACUUAACUGAUGGAACAAUUUUAUGUGGCAGGAAAUAUUUUGAUGGAUCAGGGGGCAAUAACCAUGCUGUUGAUUAUUACAAGGAGACAAAAUAACCAUUAGCUGUUAAACUUGGGACAAUCACUCCUGAUGGGGCAGAUGUGUUUUCUUAUGACGAAGAUGACAUGGUUGAGGAUCCAAAUCUAGCUCAGCAUCUUGCUCACUUUGGGAUUAAGAUUACUCAGAUGGAGAAGACAGACAAGACAAUGGCUGAGUUGGAGAUUGACAUUAACAUUAGGAUAAGAGAGUGGGAUGUUAUACAGGAAUCAGGCAAGAAAUUGACUCCCCUAUAUGGCCCUGGCUACACUGGACUGAAGAAUUUAGGAAAUAGCUGUUACAUGAACUCUGUCCUUCAAGUUCUGUUUACACUUCCGGAGUUUAAACAAAGGAACAAGAUGGUAUUGCACCGCACAUGUUCAAAACUGUGAUUGGGCGUGGUCACCCUGAGUUCUCGACUAACAGGCAGCAAGACGCACAAGAGUUCUUCAUGCAUUUACUUGACUCUAUAGACAGAGCCCAGCGAUCCAGUGCAGGGGCCAUCAACCCAACAGACUCAUUUAGAUACAAGGUGGAAGAACGCACGCAGUGUAUGAAAUCAGGAAAAGUUCGUUACAACAGCCGGGAGGAUACCUUGUUGUCAUUAUCAAUACCGAUGAAAACUGUAUUGAAUAAAGAGGAAGUAGCUGCCUACGAAUUAAAACAGAAAGAAGCAGAAGAAAAGAAAGAGAGACUAGACCCAAGUGAAAUUGUUCGACCCCGGAUAGCAAUGUCAGCGUGUAUUGAAGCUUUUGCUGCUCCUGAAAUUGUAGAUGAUUUUUAUAGCUCUGCACUUAAAGCAAAAAGUGUGGCGCAAAAAACAACUAGAUUUGCCACGUUUCCAAAUUACCUGAUGGUACAGAUGGAGAAGUUUACUCUCGCUGAUGACUGGACUCCAAAGAAGUUAGAUGUUUCUGUAGACAUUCUAGAUGAACUAGACCUGACCCAUCUAAGAGCAACUGGUCUCCAGUCCAAUGAAGAAGAACUCCCAGAAGAUGAACAGGCUCCAGCAGCUCCUCAGAUCCAAAUCGAUGAUAAUGUCGUUGAUCAGCUUGUAUCUAUGGGCUUCGACAAAGAGGGCUGUCGGAAGGCUGUCUAUCACACAAAAAACCAAGGAGUAGAACCUGCCAUGAACUGGGUUCUCGAACACAUGGGUGACGCAGAUUUUAAUUCACCACUAAUUCUUCCUGGUGGUCAAGACUCCAAAGCUGUCGAUGAAGAAUCAUUGGCGAUGAUUAUUUCGAUGGGUUUUACUGAGGCACAAGCUAUCAAAGCUUUAAAAGCCACUGACAACAACUUAGAACGUGCAGCGGAUUGGAUAUUUAGUCAUGCGCAUGAGCUAGACUCUAUGGAAGAGGAAAGUUCAGCUAACCAGGAAACUGGACCCCAUUACAAAGACGGACCAGGAAAAUACCGUCUGAUUGCCUUUAUCAGUCACAUGGGUACAUCAACAAUGUGUGGUCAUUAUGUUUGUCACGUGCUAAAGGACGGAAGGUGGGUUAUUUUCAAUGAUCGUAAAGUUGCUCUGUCAGAGAAGCCGCCAAAGGAUCUUGGGUAUUUGUAUUUGUACCAGCGAGUGUAAAACUAACUCAAUCAUGCGCUGUCUUUUUUUUCUGCGCUUCGUAAGUUCUUCAGUGAAGUUUUGCGCGGAGUCAUGACAGAGACGGACGUUGGAGAAUCCAGUCUGCAAUGGAUUUGAAAAGUAAAAGAACAGUUGCUUGUUUACAGGCGUCUUGAAAUAACAUAUUAGACAACUUUUAAGUCGGAUCUGAAAGAACCUUCACAAACGCAUUAGAUUGUUAAUAAAUUUGUUUAUUCUGAA